AGCUCCAAGAGACCCCGGGAUGCGCGCCUCAUCCACCUGCUCCUCGCAAACAUGGGCGUAAGCGCCUACACCGAGCGCGUCCCCUUACAGCUGUUGGAUUUCGCGUACAGAUACACCUCGGGCGUGCUGACCGACGCACUCGCCUACGAGCCCCCCGUGCCCUCUUCCCUCCCGCAGUCCGAGAAGAAGAAGCGCGAUCCCACGGCUGAGGAAGGCAUCUCCCUCAACGCCCUGCGCACGAGCGUUGCCGGGCGCGCGGCCAUGAUGGGCGGUGUCGGCGGUGGCUUAGGGAAGGAGUUCCUGGCUGAAAUCGCGAGUGAGAGGAACCGCGUUGCGCUGCCGCGCGUGGAAAGGGAGUUUGGGGUUAGGUUGCCGCCGGAGAGGUAUUGUUUCACCGGCGUGGGGUGGGGGGUCAAGGAGGCGUGGGAGACGGAGGAGGUGGAGGAGAGCGACGAG